AUGGAGGGCGUUCUCGACUUCUCGGGAGAGUUCGACGUUUCGCUAAUGGACAAGGUGGUCAUGGCGUUCUACUCAGGCUCAGGACAGGAGCAACAAUUGGCGCAGCAGGUCUUGACGCAGUUCCAGGAGAAUCCUGAAGCUUGGACUAAAGUACCCGACGUCUUAGAACGAUCCUCCUUUCCUCAGACCAAAUACAUAGGCCUGCAAAUUCUCGAGAAGCUUAUAACAACUCGGUGGAAGUCCCUCCCGGAAGGGCAGCGGCAAGGGAUACGCAAUUUCGUUGUUGGCCUCACCGUCAAGGUUGCGUCGGAUGAAGCCACGAUGCGUAGAGAAAAGACAUACCUGAACAAGUUGAACCUCGCGCUCGUUCAGAUCUUGAAGCAAGAAUGGCCCCACAAUUGGCCGAUGUUUAUCACGGAACUUGUCGAGUCCUCCAAAACGAAUCUUUCUCUCUGCGAGAACAACAUGAUCAUCUUGAAACUUCUAUCUGAGGAAAUCUUCGAUUUCUCGGCAGAGCAAAUGACACAAGCGAAGGUAAAGAAUCUCAAGAACCAAAUGUGCGGCGAGUUUUCGGAGAUUUUCAAGUUGUGUCAAGAGAUCUUGGAGGAGGCGCAGAAGACGUCGUUGAUUAGGGCAACAUUGGAAACGCUCCUCCGGUUCCUGAACUGGAUACCGCUGGGCUACAUAUUCGAGACCACUAUCAUCGACCUGCUCUUGCACCGGUUCCUUGAAGCGCCCGAGUUCCGCAAUGUCACACUCAAAUGUCUGGCAGAGAUUGCCGCUUUGAACGUUGGUCCAGAAUAUGACCCGAAAUUUGUAAUCCUCUUCGCGAUGGUGAUGACGUCGGUCAAUCGCAUGAUCCCUCCAAGCACCAACAUUGCACAGGCCUAUGCCAAUGCAGGUGACUCGGGCCAAGAGCUCGUUCUCAACCUAGCGUUGUUCCUUGCGAACUUCCUCUCCAACCACCUUCGUGCGGUUGAAACAGAACAGAAUCGCGAUGUCCUGCUUAACGCACAUCUCUAUAUGGUCAAGAUUUCACAGGUGGAUGAGCGCGAAAUUUUCAAGAUCUGCUUGGAAUAUUGGUUGAAGCUUGUCGCAGAGCUGUACGAAGAGAUCCAGAGUCUGCCGAUUGGGGAAAGCGGCUUGUUGAUGGGCUUGAGCUUGGGAGGAUCAAGUCAAAGCAUGUUGAAUGGGAUGGCGUUGCGGAAAAACAUAUAUAGUGACGUGCUUUCCAAUUUGCGCCUUGUUGUCAUUGAGAAGAUGGUCAAGCCUGAAGAGGUUCUCAUUGUUGAGAACGAAGAAGGCGAGAUAGUCCGGGAGUUCAUGAAGGAGAGCGACACGAUUGUUCUCUAUAAGUCGAUGCGCGAACUGCUCGUGUAUCUGACCCACCUCGAUGUCAAUGACACCGAGAAUAUUCUAACUGAAAAACUUGCGAAGCAAGUGGACGGUUCGGAAUGGUCAUGGCAGAAUUUGAAUACACUCUGUUGGGCUAUCGGAUCUAUUUCUGGUGCCAUGAAUGAGGAGACGGAGAAACGCUUCCUCGUCACCGUCAUUAAAGAUCUGCUCGGUCUUUGUGAGAUCAAGCGUGGCAAAGACAACAAAGCUGUUGUCGCAUCUGAUAUUAUGUAUAUUGUGGGGCAAUAUCCUCGGUUCCUCAAGGCGCACUGGAAAUUCCUGAAGACAGUAGUGAACAAGCUUUUCGAGUUUAUGCACGAAACGCACGAAGGUGUACAGGACAUGGCUUGCGAUACGUUCAUCAAGAUCGCACAGAAAUGUCGCCGGCAUUUCGUCAUGCACCAGUCGGGCGAACAGGAACCUUUCGUGGAUGAGAUCUUGCGGUUGUUGCACAGGAUCACCGUGGACCUGUCACCCCAACAGGUCCACACAUUCUACGAAGCCGUAGGAUACAUGAUCUCAGCGCAACCGAACAAGCCUCAGCAAGAAAAGUUGAUUGCUAAGUUGAUGGAGCUCCCAAACAAUGCUUGGGACUCUCUCAUGGGGCAAGCUUCCCAGAACAUGGAUGUUCUGAGCGGCGAUGACAACAUCAAGAUACUUGCCAAUGUACUGAAGACGAACGUUGCGGCUUGCACAUCCAUCGGUAGCUUUUAUCUUCCUCAAAUCGCCAGGGUAUUCUUGGAUAUGUUGGGUUUGUACAAGGCUGUCAGUGGGAUCAUUAGCGAGACCGUCGCUCGUGAAGGUCACAUCGCCACGAAGACGCCCAAAGUUCGGCAUUUGCGGACGAUCAAGAAGGAAAUUCUGAAGUUGAUGGAGACCUUCAUCAAGAGAGCAGAAGAUCUCGAGACUGUUAACAGCAACUUCAUGCCACCAUUCUUGGACGCCAUCCUUGGUGAUUAUAACCGUAACGUCCCCGCCGCCAGAGACGCGGAGGUAUUGAAUGUGAUGGCGACCAUCAUUGGUCGGCUUGGGCCGCUACUCACCCCCCAAGUGCCUGCCAUCCUCGAGGCGGUGUUCGAGCCUACGCUCAGCAUGAUUAACCAAGACUUCUCGGAGUACCCCGAGCAUCGUGUAGGGUUCUUCAAGUUGCUGCGUGCUAUCAACUUGAAUUGCUUCCCGGCUUUAUUAACCAUUCCUCCACCACAAUUUAAGUUAUUCAUGGACAGUAUCAUUUGGGCCAUCAAGCAUACCAUGCGAGAUAUUGCAGAAACUGGCUUAAACCUAUGCUUGGAGGUUGUGAACAACUUUGCAGGUGCUGAUCCUUCAGUGGCGAACGUUUUCUUCCAGCAAUAUUUCUUGAGCAUCAUGCAAGAUAUAUUUUUCGUGUUGACGGAUACCGAUCACAAGAGCGGCUUCAAGCUGCAAUCUGUUCUACUUGCACGGAUGUUCCAGUUGGUGGAGACUAACCAGAUUUUUGUGCCGUUGUUUGACCGAUCGACGGUGCCGGACCCAAACAUGAGCAACGCUCUCUUUUUGCGGGAAUACACCGCAAACCUGCUCAAAUCUGCUUUCCCCCAUGUCCAAAACGCUCAAAUACAAGCGUUCGUCAUUUCUCUUGGAGAAUUCCACAGCGAUAUCAACCGCUUCAAGCUUGCACUUCGGGACUUCCUCGUACAACUCAAGGAGUUCUCCGGCGACAAUGCGGAGUUGUACCUCGAAGAAAAGGAGGCGGAGGCGCUACGUAUGGCUCAGGAAGAGCGAGCGGCGGCCAUGCGUAUCCCCGGCAUGCUUAAGCCUUCACAGCUAGACGACAAAGAUGAAGACAUUUGA